UAAAAAUCAUCCAACACAACUUACAUUUUCCGAGUCCAUGAAUAGAUAAACGAUGAGCACAAGUACAUAACCUCUAUAUUGUAAGUGAGUCUCCAAUGAGAGUUUCUGCAUACGGUUAGACUCGAACACGAAACUCUCCACAAACCGCUUAUCACUUGAGCCAACUCUUGUUGAUUCCAGCACCACAUUAAAUCUGCUCCAUUCGUGCACCACUCUUUCUGCAUUUUUUUUUUGGUGCUAAAGAGACUCUUUCUGCAUAUUACAUUUAGACCAGUGCUCAACUUCAAUUCACUUUAGCAGUAACAUUAUACUCCCGUAAAAAAAAAAAAAUUGUACUUUAUGAAUAUUGGGCGUUAUUUUUCGUCCCGCAACUUAUCAACGGUCAUUGAACUAGAAUCCCAUAUCUCAACUACAUUUACCCGCCAAAAUGUAAUCAUCAGAGAGGAAUUGUGUAACAACAUUUUAAAUUCAUGCCCAGAUCCUAAAACCCUGAAAAAACUUCAUGCAAAAAUAUUAACCCACCAAGAUCUUCAUUCAAGCCCUCAUAUUCGACUCAAGUUGAUUAGGGCUUAUGCUGGUUUUGGUUUAUUGGGUAUUGCCCGCUAUCUGUUCGAUGAAAGUCCUGAGAGAAAUGUUAUUUUUUUCAAUGUUAUGAUCAGGAGCUAUGUGACCCAUCAACAGUACCAAGAUGCUCUUUGGGUGUUCAAGAGUAUGUCUAGACUUGCGGUUAGACCUGAUCAUUAUACAUACCCGUGCGCUUUGAAAGCUUGUUCUGGGUCAGAGAAUUUGUGGGUUGGUCUGCAGAUUCAUGCUGCUGUGUAUAGAGUUGGGCUUAACUUGAAUUUGUUUGUUGGGAAUGGUUUGAUUGCUAUGUAUGGGAAGUGUGGUUGUUUGAUGGAUGCUAGAAAAGUUGUUAAUGAAAUGCCUGUUCGAGAUGUUGUUUCCUGGAACUCUAUGGUUGCUGGGUAUGUGCAAAGAGGGCAUUUUGACGACGCCCUGAACGUAUGUAGAGAAAUGGAGUUGAUGAAGUUGAAUGCUGAUGCUGGAACUAUGGCAAGUUUACUUCCAGCAGUUAGUAAUACUUCUUCUGACAAUGUUGUAUUUGUUGAAGAAAUGUUUGAAAAGAUGGCUAAGAAGAGUUUGGUAUCUUGGAAUGUAAUGAUAGCGGUGUAUGUGAAGAACUCCAUGGCUGCAGAAGCCAUUGAUCUUUAUUCUCAAAUGGAAGCUAGUGGGAUUGAGCCAGAUGGGGUCACCUUUACGAGUAUUCUACCUGCGUGUGGAGAUCUUUCUGCAUUCUCACUAGGAAUGAAGAUUCAUAAAUCUGUUCAAAGAAAAAAACUUCUUCCAAAUUUGUCCGUGGAGAAUGCAUUAAUCAACAUGUAUUCCAAGUGCGGUUGCCUAAGGGAAGCAAGGGAAGUUUUUGAUACUAUGAUGAUACGUGAUGUUGUUUCUUGGACUUCUAUGAUUUCUGCUUAUGGUGUGAGCGGACAAGGUCAAGAAGCUGUUGUCCUUUUCUCUCAAAUGAGAAAGGAGUGCUUAACUCCUGAUUCCAUUGCGUUUGUUGCUGCCAUGUCAGCUUGCAGCCAUUCAGGGAUGUUGGAAGAAGGACAGAGUUACUAUAAAUUAAUGACUGAAGAGUACAAUAUUACUCCAAGAGUAGAACAUUAUUGUUGCAUGGUUGAUCUCUUAGGUCGCUCAGGGAAAGUGAAUGAGGCUCUCUCUUUCAUCAAGGAGAUGCCGAUUGAGCCAAAUGAAAGAGUAUGGGGAGCUCUGUUAGGUGCUUGUCGUGUCCAUUCUAAUAUGAGUAUUGGGCUGAUUGCUGCUGACCAUCUUUUCCAUAUGGUUCCUGAGCAGGCUGGAUUUUAUGUUUUGCUGUCUAACAUUUAUGCUAAAGCUGGAAAAUGGAAGGAAGUUAGCACAAUCAGAUCAUUAAUGAAGAACAAAGGCAUGAACAAAACACCAGGCAUUAGUAACGUGGAGCACGAAGGUCAGGUUUAUACAUUCCUCGCAGGGGACAGAUCACAUCCACAGUCUAAAGAGAUUUAUGAUAAGUUGGAUGUGUUAGUGGGGAAAAUGAAGGAGGAAGGUUAUGUUCCUGAGACAGAUUUUGCUCUUCAUGAUGUAGAGGAGGAGGAUAAAGAAGGCCAUCUUAGAGUACACAGUGAAAAGUUGGCUAUAAUAUUUGCCCUUAUAAAUACGAGACCACCAACAACUAUUAGAAUUACUAAGAAUCUUCGUAUAUGUGGAGAUUGUCAUAUUGCAAUCAAGCUCAUAUCCAAGAUCACUAAGAGGGAGAUACUUGUUAGAGAUACCAAUAGGUUUCACACCUUCAAGAAUGGCGUUUGUUCUUGUGGUGAUUAUUGGUGACGACAUAUAGAAAUGUGCUCAACCUAUAAUAUUAUUCACUGGAAAUUAUUACAGCAAGGCUGAAUAUUCCUGGGCCAUUUCUUCAAUUUCUCGAUCUUGAUUUAUACAGGAAGGUUUUCUAAAUGUAUUUGGCAAUGGCAGCCACUGCAACCUAAGCAUCCGUGGAAGUUCUAGAAGCAUAGGUAAUGGUAUUGCAGCCUGCCAGAGUCAGCUCCUCUCUUUGUGUGGGGGGCUAUUGAUAACUACUCUAUUUCUUCGCCAGCUGAUGCAGAACAGGUAGCAGACUACCUUUGGGAUAACUCCCUAGAUGGAACCUCAAACAUGCGCCACUUUGAGAACGCAGUGCUCGAUGGCAUAGACUUCGACAUUGGACUUGGCUUAGAAGAAAAUCGCGAUGUCCUAGUAAGGGCAUUCAGUAGACGAAGUACCUUACUGAGGAAGGUCUACUUAUCAGCAGCACCACAGUGCCCUUUCACUGAUGCUCAUUAACUGAAGCCAUAAGUACUGGUGUCUUUGACUAUGUUUGGAUCAAUUCCUCAACCAUCAGCCUUGCCUAUAUACUAAUGGAAAUGCUAACAAACUUAUAACGUCUUGGAACACAUGGACUCGAGCUCAUGCUUGCCAAAUCUUCUUAUGUGCUGCUCCAGAUGCUGUAUGCUAACAGUG